AUGGCUUCAAAGAGUAAUACCUCUAUUGCUUUGUUCCUUUUGAUCAACCUAUUAUUCUUUUCCUUGGUCAAUGCAUGGUCCCCAAAGCCACCAAAACCAAGCAAAGGCAAGUGUCCUAGAGACUCCCUAAAACUCGGGGUUUGCGCUGAUUUGCUUAAUGGCCUCCUCAAUAUUACCAUUGGUACGCCACCGAAAACUCCAUGCUGCAGCCUCAUUGAAGGCCUUGUUGACCUUGAGGCCGCAGUUUGCCUUUGCACAGCCAUUAAAGCCAACAUUUUAGGCAUCCACCUUGAUAUUCCUCUCUCCCUUAGCUUGCUUCUUAAUGUCUGCUCCAAGAAGGUUCCUAAAGGCUUUAUAUGUGCUUAG